AUGGUGAACUUGGGGAGGAGAAGAAUGAGGGGUGAAAGGAGAAGGAAGUUGCAUCUUAGUAAGAUCUAUUCAUUUGCAUGUGGGAAACAAUCUCUCAAGGAGGAUCAUUCGCAGAUAGGAGGGAGAGGGUAUUCGAGGGUGGUGUUUUGCAAUGAACCAGAGAGCUUUGAGGCUGGGAUAAGGAGUUACGCUGAUAAUUCCGUGAGCUCUACUAAGUAUAAUCUUGCUACUUUCUUGCCUAAGUCACUUUUUGAGCAGUUUAGGAGGGUGGCUAAUUUCUUUUUUUUGGUAACUGGCAUCUUGGCCUUCACAAAGCUUGCUCCUUAUACAGCUGUCAGUGCUAUCCUUCCUCUGAUUAUUAUUAUUGGAGCAACUAUGAUCAAAGAGGGCAUUGAAGAUUGGCGAAGGAAACAGCAGGAUAUUGAGGUCAAUAGCAGAAGAGUUAAAGUGCAUACAGGGCAAGGAACCUUUGAAUAUACUGAGUGGAAGAAUCUGAAGGUGGGGCAUAUAGUGAAGAUAAUGAAGGACGAAUUCUUUCCUGCAGACCUCCUACUGCUUUCUUCCAGUUACGAGGAUGCAUUCUGCUAUGUUGAGACCAUGAACUUGGAUGGGGAGACAAAUUUGAAGUUAAAACAAGGGUUGGAAGUAACUUCUUCCUUACAUGAGGACUUUCAAUUCAGUGAUUUUCAAGCAACAAUCAAAUGUGAAGACCCAAAUGCAAAUUUAUAUUCAUUUGUUGGGAGCAUGGAGUAUAAAGAACAGCAGUAUCCCCUUUCUCCCCUGCAACUUCUUCUGAGAGACUCUAAACUUCGUAACACAGACUACAUAUUUGGAGCUGUCAUCUUCACUGGUCAUGACACAAAGGUCAUUCAGAAUUCCACUGAUGCUCCUUCAAAGAGAACCAAGGUUGAGAAGAAGAUGGAUAGGGUUGUCUACUUCAUGUUUUGUAUUGUGUUUCUAAUGGCAUUUGUUGGAUCGAUUUUCUUUGGCAUCACAACUAAAGAUGACUUGGACAAUGGAUUGAUGAAAAGGUGGUACCUAAGACCAGACGACUCUACAAUUUUCUUUGAUCCUAAAAGAGCACCAGCUGCUGCUAUAUUUCAUUUUUUUACAGCCUUAAUGUUAUAUGGUUUCUUCAUUCCCAUCUCAUUGUAUGUUUCAAUAGAAAUUGUUAAAGUCCUUCAGAGCAUCUUCAUCAAUCAAGAUAUCCAUAUGUACUAUGAAGAUGCAGACAAACCUUCUUAUGCCCGAACUUCAAACUUGAAUGAGGAACUUGGUCAAGUUGAUACAAUACUUUCUGAUAAAACUGGAACUCUGACCUGCAACACGAUGGAGUUCAUCAAAUGUUCGAUUGCUGGGGUAGCUUAUGGCCGUGGAGUUACAGAGGUUGAGAGGUCAUUGGAUAGCAAAAAUGGUUCUACUUUGAUUGACGACACAAGGGAUUCUCCUGUCAGAAAUGUUCCCAUCAAAGGAUUUAACUUUACAGAUGAAAGGAUAAUGAAUGGAAAAUGGGUCAAUGAGCCUUAUGCUAAUGUUAUUAAGAAUUUUUUUCACUUAUUGGCAAUCUGCCAUACAGCCCUACCAGAAGUUGAUGAGGAUACAGGAAAUGUCUCAUAUGAAACUGAAUCCCCAGAUGAAUUGGCAUUUGUGAUUGCAGCGAGAGAAAUUGGUUUCAAAUUCUAUAAAAGGACUCAGACUAGUUUAUCAAUAUAUGAAUUGAAUCCAGUUUCUGGUGACAAAAUUGAAAGGACAUACAAACUUCUAAAUGUUUUAGAAUUCAAUAGCACAAGGAAGCGAAUGUCAGUGAUUGUGAAAGAUGAAGAAGGGAGAAUUUUGUUACUAUGUAAAGGUGCUGACAGUGUCAUGUUUGAGAGGCUUGCCAAGGAUGGGAGGGAGUUUGAAGAGAAAACCUUGGAACAUGUGCAUGAAUAUUCUGAUGCAGGUCUAAGGACUCUAAUUUUGGCAUAUCGUGAACUUGAUGAAAACCAAUACAAGGAGUUUGAUAAUAAUUUUUCUCAAGCGAAAAAUUCAGUUAGUGAAGAUCGGGAAACACUGAUUGAGGAAGUAUCAGAAAAGAUUGAGAGGAAUUUAAUCCUUCUUGGUGCCACUGCUGUAGAGGACAAGCUCCAAAACGGGGUUCCUGAUUGCAUUGACAAGCUUUCCCAAGCUGGAAUUAAGAUCUGGGUUUUGACUGGGGAUAAAAUGGAGACUGCCAUCAAUAUUGGUUUUGCUUGUAGUUUACUUAGACAAGGAAUGAAACAAAUUAUAAUUCAAUUGGAAAGUCCAGAAAUUCAAGCAUUGGAGAAGGCUGGAGACAAGGUGGCCAUUGUUAAGGCUUGUAGAGAAAAUAUCCGCCAUCAAAUAUCUGAAGCUGCUCAGCAGAUUACUGCCUCCAGAGGAACCUCUCAGCAAGCAUUUGCUCUAAUUAUCGAUGGAAAAUCACUUGCUUAUGCCCUAGAGGAUAAUAUGAAGAAAAUGUUUUUAGACCUUGCAACUCGUUGUGCAUCUGUUAUCUGCUGUCGUUCCUCACCAAAGCAGAAGGCACUGGUCACUAGACUGGUAAAAUCAGCUACUGGUAAAACUACAUUAGCUAUUGGUGAUGGAGCUAAUGAUGUGGGAAUGCUUCAAGAAGCAGAUAUAGGGAUUGGAAUCAGUGGCGUUGAAGGAAUGCAGGCGGUUAUGUCUAGUGAUAUUGCAAUUGCACAGUUCUGUUAUUUGGAAAGGUUACUUCUUGUACAUGGACAUUGGUGUUACCGAAGGAUCUCAUCAAUGAUAUGCUACUUCUUCUACAAAAACAUCACAUUUGGCUUCACUCUAUUCUUAUAUGAGGUGUAUGCAUCAUUCUCUGGGCAACCUGCAUACAAUGACUGGUUUUUGUCGGUCUAUAAUAUCUUCUUUUCUUCACUGCCCGUGAUUGCACUAGGGGUAUUUGACCAGGAUGUGUCUGCUCGGUACUGUUUGAGGUUUCCUAUGUUGUAUCAAGAAGGCGUGCAAAAUCUUCUCUUUAGCUGGCGUCGAAUUUUCAGCUGGAUGCUUAAUGGCUUUAUUAGUGCCAUAAUAAUCUUCUUUUUCUGCACAAAGGCAAUGGAGAUUCAAGCCUUUGAUGAGAAGGGAAGAACUGCUGGGAGGGAUAUACUCGGAGCAACAAUGUAUACUUGUGUGGUUUGGGUUGUGAACUUGCAAAUGGCUGUUGCUAUAAAUUACUUCACCUUGAUUCAACAUAUUUUCAUCUGGGGUUCCGUUGCUAUCUGGUACCUUUUCCUCCUGGCAUAUGGAGCAAUGUCUCCCACCAUUUCCGGAAAUGCUUACAAAGUCUUCGUUGAAACUCUUGCACCAUCGCCUUCCUUUUGGUUUGUGACAUUGGUUGUCGUGAUCUCAGCACUCAUCCCAUACUUCUCUUACUCAGCAAUACAGAUGAGGUUCUUUCCCAUGUAUCACGAAAUGGUACAAUGGGUAAGGUAUGAGGGAAAGACAAAUGAUCCUGAAUUUGUUGCUAUGGUGCGGCAAGGAUCAUUGCGGCCAACAACUGUUGGUUCUACAGCUCGCUUAGCGGCUAAGGAUAAUGACCUUAAGGACAUUAUGGAAUUGCUUACUGGCUCCUCUCAAGCAGAAAGCGAUGUUGCUUACAUCCACUUGGUAAUGGAAUGGUGCACACAACCAAACCAUCAUUUGGACGUGAAGGCCUGCCAUUUGGCUAAACAAGCUUUUGAUGAGGCAAUUGCAGAGUUGGACACCCUGAGUGAAGAGUCAUACAAGGAGCACUUUGAUCAUGCAGCUUUUGAGAGACAACCUGACACUCUGGACCUCUGA